CAGUUUCUGCUCCGUGCAAUAAUGAACCACAGCUGAGCUUUUUAAGAAAGAGUAGUUUUAGUUGCCCAAGUCUUCCGCUCUUCUUGCAAUGCGCCUGUAACUUCUCCUCCAAAUGUCUAACCGCCACCUCCUUCCACCCCCCGGCUGAUCUCCAUUUCAGACGGGUUUUAGUUUGCACACGGCAGCCUUGGCUAUUUGCACCCAUUAUGUUGUAGGAUGGGUGCAAAUGUUUGCAACAAAAGGUCCUUAGAGACUGAAGAGACAGCAGAGCUUUAAGUAGAGAAGAACGGAUCUCAACUUUCUAAUUUUAUGCUGUAAAUUAUUCCUCCAGUGAUGUCCAAAAGCGGUGAUCCAGAGAGACUUCAUCUGCUGGCAGAUCAGAGCAGGUCCUACACCAUCCCAGGAAGUGUGUCUGACCUUGACCGAUGGCAGAGAGAUGGCUCUGGAGAGGCCAAGCAUUGCCAUGACAACAGCCACGCUCAGGAGGACAGAGAAAAGGAGAAAAAAGGUGCCAGGAGGAGGUUAUACGUCGUUUCUGUCAUUUGCCUGCUCUUUAUGAUAGGCGAGGUCGUCGGCGGUUAUUUGGCGGGAAGCCUGGCUGUGAUGACGGAUGCUGCUCACCUCCUGACCGACCUAACCAGCUUCGUCAUUAGCUUGUUUUCUCUCUGGCUUUCAUCGAAACCUGCCACACAAAAGCUCAGCUACGGCUGGCAUCGCGCAGAAAUCUUGGGUGCCCUGCUGUCAGUUUUUACCAUCUGGCUGGUCACAGGAGUUUUGGUUUAUCUUGCUGUAGAGCGCAUCGUCAAUGAUCACUACACCAUCGAGGGCCACAUCAUGCUAAUUACCUCAGGCUGUGCAGUGGUCGCCAACAUUAUAAUGGCAUUAACUCUUCACCAGUCGGGUCACGGCCACAGCCAUGGUGGACUCUCUUCACAUGGCCACGGACACAGUCACAGCGCCAAGAGUGAAAAAAAAAGGAUUUAUAUGUCAAACGGCAUCCAUUCCAAUGAUCGCAUUGACAUGGAGGGAAAUCAUGCAGAUUCUGGCCAAAGGGCUCAGCAGGCAAAUGCAAGUGUGCGAGCAGCUUUUGUGCAUGUGAUGGGAGACCUUCUCCAAAGUGUUAGCGUGCUUGUCAGCGCCAUCAUCAUCUUCUUCAAGCCAGAAUAUAAAAUAGCAGACCCUAUCUGCACCUUCUUGUUCUCCAUUUUGGUCUUAUGCACCACCUUCACCAUCAUGAGGGACAUCCUGCUUGUUCUAAUGGAGGGUACCCCAUCAGGGGUGAGGUACAGUGAGGUGCGUGACCGCUUGUUAGCCGUAAAUGGAGUCAUCGCUGUCCACAACCUUCAUAUCUGGGCCCUCACCAUGAAUCAGGCAGUGCUCUCUGCACACAUAGCUAUAGAUGAUUCUGUUGAUGCCCAGACUGUCCUAAGAGAAAUGACCCAGGCCUGUUUCUCUUCCUUCAACUUCCACUCCAUUACAAUUCAAAUGGAGCGGCAGGCUGACCUGAAGCCUGGAUGCACACUGUGCGAAAAUCCUAAAAAGUAGAAACCUGAUUCAAUCUCUUGCUGCUAGACGUGGCCAUCUGGGGGCCCUGAAGGGCUUUCUUUCACUGCAGCAUCCCUAAGAAACGCGUUACUGUAUUUUAGAUGCUCUUUGUGCUCCAUCCUAGAAGUGUUACAUGUCAAUGAUGAUGGUACAUGUGUAAAGGGCUCUUGGGAAUAUAUAUCUUUUGACAAGUGAAAAAUUACAUGAAACUCUAAUUUGUGCUUUUUCUCACCUGAUUAUUUCUAUAUUUUAAUUUUGAGUUUCCUUUAUAACUUAAAGUGAUUCUUAAAUAUUUAUUUUCAGCAUUUGUGUUUUGAGUCAUUGCAAAUAAAUACAU